AUGGCUAGACUUAUCUUAGAGGAGAAUAAGAACAAGUCUAGGACAUGUAAGGUUCUUUGGAAUGCUAAUAUUGAAUUUGAGAUUGGAGAAGAGGAGUAUAGGCAUAUAGUUAACUUGACUGAUAGAGUUUGUAGUUGUAGAACUUGGCAACUGAGAGGCAUUCCAUGCCAACAUGUUGUUUCUGCUUUGUGCCACAUAGGACAGGAGCUUGAACCUCUUGUGGAGCAUUGGUAUAAGAAGGAUACCUUGUUAAAGGCUUAUAGUCAUUUCAUCCAACUAAUUACAAAUAUAAAGAUGUGGCCUGAAACUAACAAUCCAAGGAUUGAACGUCCUGAACCUAAACCAAUGUCUGGCAGACCUGCAAGAAAUAAAAGAAAGGGCAAAGAUGAACCAAGAAAGAAGUAUGGAAAAAUGUCCAAACAAGGGGUGAAACAGACUUGUUCUAAGUGUAAACUAGAAAGUCAUAACAAGAGAUAUUGCAAGGUUACUGGUUAA